AUGAAACAAAUGUUGAAAGACGUUUCAAAUCUAUUGUUGGUGGUUCUCUGUGACUAUGUUCUCGGGGAAGCUGACUACCUUCUCUUGGUGAAGCCAGACCAUGUAGCACUCAGCAAUAGCACCGUGACUGUGGAUUUUCAAUCUCUUGACAGUGCCAAUGGGACACUAAGGAAUGUGUCCAUCCUGUUACUGGAGGCCAACACCAACCAGACAAUUGUCACCAAAUACCUAGAGACCAACGACUCACAGGGCAGAAUCGAGUUUGAAUGCUUCUUCUUUCAAGAAGCUGGAGAUUACUGGUUCGUGAUGUCCCCAGAAGAGACUGACAACAGCAGCACCACUGUGCCCUGGUGGGAGAGUGGGGCUGUCCUCAGGGUGGAGUGGCCUGUCUUUCAUGUGGACUUGAACAGGACAACACAGGCUGCUGAAGGCACCUUCCAGGUGGGCCUGGCUACCAGUCAAACACUGUGUGCAUUCCCCAGAGACAAGCCUAAGCUCCUGGUGGACGUGGUCUUCACCAACAGUCUCCCUGAGGCCAGAGUGGGCCAGGGACAUCCUGUAGAGAUACGGAACCACCAGCGCACAGAGCUGUGUCAGAGUCAGUGGCUGGAGUUUGACUGUGCUCCUGUAGGUCCUGAGGCCUAUGUCACUGUAGUCCUGAGACUGCUUGGGCGAAACUCUGUCAUCACCUCAGUGGGGCCCAUUGACCUGGCACGGAAAUUUGGAUACAAACUAGUGAUGGUGCCUGAACUCACAUGUGAGUCUGAGGUGGAGGUAAAGGUGCUGCCACCGCCCUGCACCUUCGUCCAAGGAGUGGUGGCUGUCUCCCUGGAGACCUCUAGCCAUCCUGGGGAAAGGAUCUCUCGGAUGGCCAUCAACAGCCUGGCUUUGGGGGAGAGGAGAACAGCAUUCAACUGCACUCUCUUCGACAUGGGGAGAAAUAAAUACUGCUUUGACUUUGGAGUUUCAAGCAGAAGUCAUUUUUCCGCUAAGGAGAAGAAGUGCAUGCUCAUUCAGAGAAAUAUAGAGACGUGGGGACUAUGGCAGCCUUGGAGCCUGUGCAGCACCACAUGUGGGGAUGGAAUGCGAGAGCGCCACCGUGUGUGUCUGACUUCCUCCCCCUCCAGAACCAGCUGCCCUGGAGUGUCCUCAGAGACUUCGCCGUGCUCCCUGGAGGACUGUGCUGCUCUCCGUUCCUCCAGUCCAACGCCCCUUCAGCCCCAUGCCCCAGCGAAGUCCAACAACAUUGUGACAGUCACCGGAAUAUCUCUGUGCCUGUUCAUCAUUGUGGCCACCGUACUCAUCACCCUCUGGAGGAGGUUCGGCAGGGCCCCGAAGUGUGGUACCCCAGCCCGCCACAACUCCCUGCACUCCCCCAGCUUCCGGAAAAACUCAGAUGAAGAGAACAUCUGUGAGCUGAGCGAGCCACGGGGGAGCUUCUCAGAUGUGGGUGAUGGGCCUGCAGGGGGCCCUGAGGACAUGGGCAUCCCUCUGACUUACAGGCGGAAUGGGCUGGGGCCUCCUGAGGAUGACACGUCAGGCAGUGAGAGCUUCCAGUCCAGCGCCCAGAAGAUCAUCCCCCCACUCUUCAGCUACCGUCUGGCCCAGCAGCAGUUGAAGGAGAUGAAGAAGAAGGGCCUGACAGAAACCACCAAGGUAUACCAUGUGUCCCAGAGUCCCCUGACAGACACGGCCAUUGAUGUGGCCAAAAGCCCCCCCUUAGAUCCUGAAGGCCCAGAAAAUGCAGCCAACAAGUUCCGCAUUAAGUCCCCAUUUCUGGAGCCACCCGGGUUAGGUAGUGAGGAGAGGUCGCCCUCCAGGCUGGAUGGUGCCAUCUCUCCAGCCAACUGUGCCAUGAGCCCCAGCCAGACUCUGAUCCGCAAAUCCCAGCUCAGGCAGCUGGGCAGCAGAGGAGGGUUGUCGGAGCGCAGUCACUCCCGGAGUGCCCAUUUUAGGAGGACGGCUAGUUUUCAUGAGAGCAAGCAGGCCAGGCCAUUCAGGGAGCGAAGCAUGUCCACACUGACUCCCCGGCAGGCCCCAGCCUACAGUGCCAGGACUUGGACCUGGGACCAGGCAGAGGACAGAGCCAGGCCACAGAGCCGAGGCGCCGGUCCAUUUCCUGAGAAACUGGAUGCUCUCCAAAGGACCUGUGGUACCAGUGGCCAGCUGAACCCACUCCCCAAAUCCUACACCUUGGGGCAGCCCAGCAAGAAACCAGAUCUGGGGGAUCGUCAGAUGGUGGCAGGUGAGAGAAUAGAGACUCACAGAACUCGCAGAGGACCAUCUCCCAGCCACAGGGGUAUCUCAAGGAAGCAACCUUCUCCCUCCACUCUCAAAGAGAGCUACCAGCAGGUCAGCCCCCUGAGCCCUUCCCAGUGUAGAAAUGACAGGUGUCAAAGCUUCCCUGCCCAACCUGAGCUCGCUUUCUAUGACAAUACUUCAUUUGGACUCACUGAGGCUGAGCAGAGAAUGCUGGACCUUCCUGGGUAUUUUGGGUCCAAUGAAGAGGAUGAAAACGCAAGUACCCUUAGCGUGGAGAAGCUAGUCAUCUAG